ACCUCUCGCUUCCUUCACCCCAGCCCCCACCGUUCCUCGUUCCUGGCUCUGUUUAAAUUCCGUGUGGGAAGAGUGUGCGCCGUUUAGAGUCGGUCUCAGACCAUGUUUUUCCUGACUCCAGUCUUGGUAGCAGUCGUCUGCAUUUUGAUUGCGUGGAUCUUUAAAAAUGCUGAUGAAAGAAGCAUGGAGGGGAGGAAGGGGGAGACCAGAGCCAGGGCCCAGACUCGUCCCUGGGUGGAUGAGGACCUAAAGGACAGUACUGACCUCCAGCAAGUAGAAGAAGAUGUUGAUGACUGGCAAGAGUCAGAGGAAAAUGUUGAACAUAUUCCAUUCUCCCACACCCGGUAUCCUGAGAAGGAAAUGAUUAAGAGAUCCCAGGAAUUUUAUGAACUUCUCAAUAAAAGACGAUCUGUCAGAUUCAUAAGUAAUGAACAAAUCCCCAUGGAAGUCAUUGAUAAUGUCAUCAAAUCAGCAGGGACCGCCCCAAGUGGGGCCCACACGGAGCCCUGGACCUUUGUGAUUGUGAAAGACCUGGAUGUGAAGCACAAGAUUCGAGAGAUCAUUGAGGAGGAGGAGGAAAUAAACUAUUUGAAAAGGAUGGGACGCCAGUGGGUUACAGACCUGAAGAAACUGAGGUACAAAAUAACCAACUGGAUUAAGGAGUACUUGGACACAGCUCCUGUUUUGAUUCUGAUUUUCAAACAAGUACAUGGUUUUGCAGCAAAUGGCAAAAGAAAGGUCCACUACUACAAUGAGAUCAGUGUUUCCAUUGCUUGCGGCAUCCUUCUGGCUGCUCUGCAGAAUGCGGGACUGGUGACUGUCACUACCACUCCUCUCAACUGUGGCCCCCGUCUGAGGGUGCUCCUGGGUCGCCCCGCAAACGAAAAGCUGCUGAUGCUGCUCCCCGUGGGGUACCCCAGCCAGGAGGCCACGGUGCCCGACCUAAUACGGAAACCUCUGGAUCAGAUCAUGGUGACCGUGUAGGCAGAAGCCCAUCAGGGAUGCUGGCAGACAAUGGCCUGGUCCUCUCUUGUUUCUCUUGGGUCUGCAGGCUGCUCUUUCCAUGGGUGUUAGGUCUCGUUCCACUCCACUCAAGAAAUCUUUCCACAUCAUCUGGCUCUUGGAGU